UUUGUCUGAAAUGGACUUGGCUUCAUAUGUGGCCAGUCUUAAAGUUUCUUCGAAUAUUCCUCCGCCGGCGUCACAGUUUUUGAGCACUCAAAAUGGUUAUGCCAAUAUUUAUGGGUUUAUCGUCAAGCCGGAUGCUGUAGUUUACCGUUAUGACGUUGAACUUUCUGAUAAGGUCAAGGAUAAAAGUUUAACAAAAGGCGGUGGAGAUGAUGGGAAAAGGGGACUUUUGAGGGACAUCUGUUUCGAACUUGUCAAAGAUGUGUUCGAUAGUACUCAAAACCUGAACUGCGAUGGAACGGUUUUGUUUGUGUAUGACAAUCGCAAGAUUUUGUUUACAAAUCUUCGAGUUCCUGCUUUGACUUGUGAGAUUAAGCCUGAACGUAUGACGCCAUUUUGCCGGAAAUUUCUUCGUAAUGCAACAAUCACGUUUGAGUUGCAGCCGUGCAAAGGGUCAAGUCAUGAAUUGAAUUUAAACGACAUUCAAUCAGCGCUUUGUCCUGCACCCCAUAUGCAAGCGGAUCAUUCUCUUCGUACAUUUUUUGAGAUGCUGACGUCUCAGUCUUUCAUUAAUGCUCGUACACAUCGUUUGGUUGGAAAUGGCCGACUUUUUGAAGAAAAGGAAGUCAAACGAUUGAAUGAUGCUAUUGUUGCUCAUCGUGGAGUAGCAAAGGGUGUUCGUAUCAUUGCUAAUGGUGGAGAUAAACCAGUUCCUGCUAUUGUUGCUGAGGUCAAAACUUGUGCAUUCUUUGCGAAAGGGAAUUUGGGUGAUAUUGCAAGGGGAAUGGUUCAAUCUGCCAUGAAUCGACGUAGAAAUCCUCUCCGUUCAAACGACCGUAAAAUGAUGGAAGGCUUUUGGUUAGAUUUUGGCCACCUCUUCAAAGGAGUUAGUGCUUACUUGACUUAUGCGCCUUCACGAGUCAUUGUUAUUGACUCUAUCACUACUCGGCUUGUUUCGGAAAUUAGUUUUGAAGUUGAUGGUCGCAACAUUCCAAUGAUUCAAUAUUUUGCUGAAAAGAAAAAUGUUCGAAUUGAAGGAAACAUGCCUGCCGUGCGUCAACAUGUCGAUCGUGAUGCUAUUUAUCCGCUUCAAUGCCUCGAAAUCUUGCCUUUCCAGCGUGUAUCCUUGGAUAAGAUGCAGUUGACCGAUGAAAUGGCUCAAAUUUCGAGUGAUCUUCUUAAGGCUAAUGCUGUUGGACCUGAAGUUCGUAGUGAAAUGAUUAAGGAGCAAAUGAGACAAAUUGGAAGAGAUGGUGAUUGUGCCAAAUUUAUGUAUCGUUUUGGUGUCAAACUUCGUGGAGAUCAAAACAACGUUCAAAUUGGUCUGCGUAAACUGCCGAUUAUUCAGUUUGGGAAUAAUCUUACAGCAAAUCCAAAUGAUAACGAAAGGGUUUGA